CUUGGGAUCUUUUUAUUAUUAUGUGAAGUUUUAUGUCCCCUGUUACGGAACUUCCAUUGCUUUGAUAAUCAUCCGUGUAGUUAUUUGUACCUGCGCGUUGGAAUUCCGCGCGAUAGUAAGCAAUCGCAUGACUAGGGGUUUUGUUCAUUUACCUUAUUCUAGGAGUUGAGCAAUAUCUUGCAACUGCACAGCUAUUGGACAGUAGCGAGCGUAGUGCAUAAAAGGGGCAGAUUCUAAGUUGCUGCCGAUUCUGUUAUACAAUAAGCACGUAUGAUUUAGAAAAAUCAUAUAGUAUGUUGAAAGGGAACGUGGUAGUUUUGCGCAACGAAGUAUUAAGUAUCGCUAUUUGGUGGAAUUAGGAUACAACAAAAGAAAUAGUCCACACAUUGCCCUUAGUUCAUCCCCGUGCAUCCGCUUUUUAGCUCACUUGCGCGUAUGCCCAUUUAGUGCUUAAAUUUGGCUAGCAAUAAGAAAUAUCUUACGAAACGCACGAGACGAUUUGGUUCAAAGUUAAUCUACAGCACGUAUCCCACAAUGGGCCGGUUGAAUGAUGUUAUUUAUUUGUUGAUAGACGAGAGGCAGGCAACUUAGACUGGGUAAAAUGAUAAUGGUGGAACUUAACCAUUUUGAGUAGGCUACUAUACGCUAGUAACUCACGGCAUGCUCCAAAUCUACUUGCUCUAAUUGUGAAAACAGUUAGAGUGCAUACAUGCACGCUCCAAGAAUAGUCGAGUAGGCCUACGCUCCGAGAGGAGAGUUCUUGGGGACAAGUGACAGGAGCGCCCAGAUCCCCUUCACUGCAAGUUGGAUGGUGUUCAAAACAGUAGACGUGGUGAAGGCUGAGAGCUGUCUGAGACUGAGCUGCCCGCAGAGGGGAUCAAUGAUGGAAUUACAGAACCUACAGGAGGCCCUGAAAGUGGAGAUACAGGUCCAUCAGAAACUGGUGGCUCAAAUGAAGCAAGACCCACAGAAUGCCGAUUUGAAAAAGCAGCUACAUGAACUCCAGGCCAAGAUCACAGCCCUGAGUGAAAAGCAGAAAAAGGUGGUUGAGCAGCUGAGGAAGGAGCUGAUUGUGAAGCAGGACCAGACGGAGAUCCGCAUCCAGACGCAGACGCAGCAGCCCCCAGCCCAGCAACACCCUCCUCAGCCUGACGGCACAGCCUCCACCCUGCCCUCCACCCAGCUGCAGCCAGCUCUCCCUCUCCCCAACCUAAGCAACCCACAGACUAUUGUGACAGGCACUCCAAUCAUCCCCAGCAAAACUCUACCUCUGGUGCUGAAAGCUGCCACCCCCAACAUGCCCACGUCCGUGGUGACACCUCGGCCCUCUGUCGCCAUAGUUACCACCCUGAGCCACAUGGGCAAGCCCAUAACCACGCCACAGAGCUCAGAUCAGAUGCAGACCGCCACAACUCUUGGCCUCCAGGCAACGGGCAAACUCACCAGUCAGGGACCAGAACCACUGAGGAUAGUCUCCAAGAAUACUGUUGUUGUGCAGGCCACCAGCACCCAGCCUAUCAAAGUUCCACACUUUGUCCCUCCUCCCCGACUGACGUCUCGGCCCACCUUUCUGCCACAGGUCCGACCCAAACCAGCUACGCCAGCCACCACAGUGCCCAUCGCCCCGGCCCCAUCACCCGCCUCCUUGCCCCCCAUGCUGACGGCCCCCCAGCUCCUGCAGAGGCCUGUCAUGCUGGCCACCAAGGUGAGCGCCGGCUCGCUGGCCACCACCACGGGGGCCCCCGGCCCUAUCACCCAGCUGCGUAUUCUUAAUGGCCAGCCUGGCGCCGGCGUUGGCGCCGCCCUCUCCAAGAGCUUUGCCACGGCCCAGCUGACUGGUAUCGUCAUCACCACCCCGGCCACCAUUGCCCCCAUCCAGCUCACCACGUCGGCCAUGCAGCUGGCCAGCAGCAUCAGCAGCAUCAGCAGCAUCAGCAGCCCCAACACCAAGGUUGAGGUGAUUCAGGACAGAGUUGAACCAAAUACGCCGCCAAGGGAGUCCAACUCCAUCUCCACCUCCACGUCUAGCUCUCCUGCCCCUGUGACGAUGCCUUCCCCUCCUCCAGCCCCGAAAAGGGAGGAGAGUCCAGAGAAACUUGCCUUCAUGGUGUCCCUUGGACUGGUAACAUAUGGUCAUUUGGAGGAGAUUCAGAGCCGGAGACAAGAGAGGAAACGGCGCACCACUGCAAACCCAGUGUACAGUGGCGCCAUGUUUGAGCCUGAGCGCAAAAAGACAGCUGUGACCUACCUGAACACGCCUCCCCAUCCAGGCACCAGGAAGAGAGGUCGCCCUCCCAAAUACAGCAGUGUGUCGGAGUUGGGCCACCAUCAACACUACCAUCACCUCCACCACCACCCCCUUGUCACCCCCGCCACCAUCGGCAGCCACUUGGCUCCCCCGGCCCCCAGGGGCCCAGACUGCUCCGGGGGCCCUGCUCCUUUACCCGUCCACCCACACACUCUUCCUCUGCCAAACCCCAGCGCUGGGGAUGGAGAUAUCCAUGAGGACUUCUGCGCUGUGUGCAGACGCAGUGGUCAGUUGCUAAUGUGUGAUACAUGCUCACGAGUUUAUCACCUGGACUGCCUGGAUCCACCCCUGAAAACCAUUCCCAAGGGCAUGUGGAUCUGCCCCAAAUGUCACGAUCAGAUAAUGGAGAAAGAAGAAGCAAUCCCAUGGCCAGGAACGCUUGCAAUUGUACAUUCAUAUAUCGCGUACAAAGCCGCAAAAGAGGAGGAGAAGCAAAAAAUGGUAAAGUGGAGCGAGGACCUCAAACAGGAGAGAGAGCACCUGGAACAAAGAGUCAAACUACUCAGCAACUCAAUAACAAAAUGCAUGGAGACCAAGAACACAGUGCUGGCUCGACAGAAGGACAUGCAGGUGUCUCUGGAGAAAGUCAAAGGCCUGGUGCGCCUCAUCCAAGGCAUCAGCCUCCCGCCACUUGUCCCCGACCUGCCACCCAGCAACCCACAUGGCAUCACCAACGGCGAGACAGACCAUCCCAGCUCUCAGCACACAGACUGUGGGAACGUUGACGAUAGCAUCAACAGCAACAACCAUGGUGACACCAACAACCAUGGCGACACCAACAACCAUGGCGACACCAACAACCAUGGCGACACCAACAGCAAUGUUGACACCAACUGCAACAGUGACGCCAAGGACGUCUCAUCACAACAGAACAACAGCAGAAGCCCGGACAAGACGCCAGAGCCAGAGGUGAGGGAAGAUCUCACCGAUAACAUCAAUGACGACAACAACAGUGAUGACAACAACAACAGCAGCAGCAGUGACAACAACAAUGACAACACUGGUGACAGCAGUGACCUCAGCAAAGCCCCUGAGCCACCUCAAGCCCCGGCAAUAGCCCCCAUAGCAGUCGAGGGUGCUAAAUAGCAUCCAGCCACUCGAGGGACGGCAGUGACCCAACAUCCACCUGGGGGAUUUAAAGUAAAAACAAACCCACUUCAACACCCUCACGGGUGUCCCAAAGUUGCCAAUCAAAGUACAGUUUUUUUUUUGUUCAUCUUUCAUUGAAAUGUCCUUUGAGGAGAAGGUGAAGGAGAGUUUCCUGACUGCCAGUCUGGGAAACAAAGGGUUUUGUCCAGUACCAGCGGUGUGUGUGUGUGUGCUUAAUCUACGGUCUAGGAGCAUCAGUGUAAAACGUACGAUCAUAAUGACUCUCUUAACGAACAAUGAUAGUAAUAAAUAAUAGUAAUAAUAAAAAAGGUUUCAAAACAUCACACCAACGUGUGCCUGCAAACAGUUGCCGUAGCGCCUCUUUAUGGAGGGAAGGUUUCCUUAGAGGGUGUUUUUGGUCAGCAGUUCCGCAAGAAAAUAUAAUUGGUGCGAUUAUAAUAGCCGAGUGCCCAUCCUUAUAGGUUCCUUUAGCAACCUCUCCACCAAUCACCAUUCUGAAACCAAAACCACAUCUUCUGCACCAGUGAUGAUGAAACAAGCAACUGUUCCAUGUUUUAAUCACUGUCUACUGCUUCUUUCAUUACUGUGAUGACGAGGCAUCUUUGUUCAUCUGUUGCUACAGACUUGCCAUCUGUGUCCUGUUCCUUCUACGUUUCUUUUUAAGUUGUCAUGACGCAUCUUCUCCCAAACUCUCAAUACCGCUCCAAGUCUACUGAAAGUGACCUCAUACCACUUUCUUGGGGACUAGAAGGUUCCAGCCUGCCUGCAACAGUGACCUUUGUUUAUUUCAAGUUCAUGCCAUUUUUUUUUUGGUCAUUGUUUGGUCAAGACUUGAGUGUGGUCAGAUGUGCCAAAUGUCUGGCCUUGGUAUUGGGAGUAUUUUCCUUCAUCUUUUUCUCAUUUUUUGAAUUCUAAAAGCACUGAUGGCAGGAACUGUUCUAGAAAUGUGUUCUCAAGGCAGUGGCCUGCCAGGGGUUUUCCAAGGAGAGAGGAGAGUUGACAGUCAAAAGAUGGUUUUGGUGGCAUACAUUUCUGCAGAACUCAUCUCAGGCACUUGUCCAUUUAACUGCUAAGCAAAGCUGACGAUGAGCAGGUUCAUCAAUUUCUUGGUCAUAAUUUACUACUUUUCAUAUUAAGUGACUUUUGGGGCAAAGCGAUUAUUUAUUUCUUUUGUAAAGUAUUUCUUUCUUUGGGGGACGGAGCUGUAGGUUUUAGGCUUUUGCGCAAAUAUUUGAAGUAAUAGAAGUAACGGAACAACGAUUUACUUUAUUUUUUACAUACUGUAAUAUCUGGUGGAAACGAUUCAGGUCUUCCUAGUAUUGAGAUAAGGUAACCACCCUUACAAGUGCAUUUCUGUUUCAUAAAACAAUUAUUUCUACGUAAGAAGUGGUAGGACUGGAAACAUUUUUGUAAAUAUAUUUUUCUUUAUUUUUUUAACGUUAACUUUUUGCAUAUAAUUUGUUGAAAUUUUCAACUGCCAAAUGUUUCUCAAUCCAAAUAUAGCAGGGAAAUGUCUUCUUAAGUUAUUCACAAAAUCUUUAAACAUAUUGUACCUAAAUAGUUUGCAUGUGCUUAAACAAAAGUGGAAAUCUCUACCAGGUACUCCUUAAAGACUUGACCCCAGGACUUGAGGAAAAAAGAGGAAAUGUAUCAGAGUGCAUCUAUUGGAGGGGCGAAAAUGUGGCUUACUCUGUGAACAGGCCAUGCCUUCAUCAUAUGACAAUUUGAUUUGCCAACUGCAUUCAUUGGUGUUCUUUAUGGUCUUAGCUGGUGUAAAUGGGGUGAUGAACUUCCAACAUCUCUGCAUUAUGCACACUGAUCUUCAAAUCUAUGAUGAAAUCAAUAUCAGUCAGGUGUCCCUCACUCUGACGUAGCAUUUCAAGGGCUUUCUUUGUUGUUUUGGUUUCUAAGUUGCAGUUGCAAUGGCAUCUCCAUAAGAGCAAUUAGGAUCCCUAAUAAGCACAAGAAUGAUGGCUUUGACGGUCACAAAAAAGAUAAACGUAUGCUGGCAAAGUACUCAAAAUGGAGUAUUAUUUUGUAUAUCCCCACCUGAUCUUAUGCGCACCUGGAUAAAACCCAAACUUUUUUUGGUCUCUCAUCCAUGGCCUACAUCAUGCACCUUCACAUCUUGUUUAGAACCUGUGUGGUAAACUCUAAAACCAUCAUAGCCUAGAAUAUCCAUAUUCUUGGUAAGGAGUUCAUUGUGAGUGAUAUUUGUCCUUAGUUUCUUUCUGUUAUCAAGUUCAUCAACUGGUUGUUUCACCUCAUCCCAUUCUCCAUAACUUCAAUGUCUCAUCUCCUUUCAUGAAAGAAAAAGGACUUUGUAUACUAGAGAGCACAAAAGUAUGUUCCUGUGAUGAGGAGAGCCAAUACUCCAUCACAAAGGUUCAGUGGGCAAGUAUGAGUUCAAAUGGCCAGUGUCACGUUCAUGUGUUAUACUACGUCUUGUAUUUUCUAUAGUAUAUUAUAUGCACAUGGUGUGCAGUGCCCACCCAUUCCUUUUUGGCCUUUGGUAGCAUUAGACAUCUCCUUAAUUACAACUGCCUUAAGAAAUAGUCAUCAGUUUUGUUUUGUUUUAUUUUUUCAGGAAAGUGGUGUUUUUUGUUUUACUUUUCAUUGUCUUGAAGAAUGUUUGUAUGGUGUUAUCAGUUCAUCCAAGUAAGUAAUCCUCUUUUUGCUUAGAACACAUGAUCACAGGGAGGGUGGAGUGGGAGGGAUGGGCAUCGGGUAUACUGCCUGCUUUAGCUUAACCAUGAAGUAUAGUGUGGGUUCAGUGCCUAAAUAUGUCUUCUUCUGUGGUUCAUUUUCGAGUGCCCUUUGUUGUAAGUCAGUCUUUGGGUGUGGUAUAGAUUAUGUUUUGCAUCAAACAGUUACAGAUAAGCAUUUUCUUUCUCUUUUUGACAAAUUCUGUUUCAUUAACUGUUUUUAUUUGUAAAUAUACUACAGCACUUUUGAAAACCUUGUUAGUAUUAUUGUAUUAUUUUCAUAACUCCUUUGUACUUUUAUUUAUUUCUUACUGUAACUAAACUUUACAGUCCCUCCUAUUGUCAUUUUUGGGAACUGGUGUGGUGUUCCAGUUUGAUCUCAGUUGUAAACAAAUAUAGAAUUUAACAGGUAACAAUAUGACCCUUUCAAAAACGAGUGUUUGUAAAUUGUUUUUGAAAAAUGCAAGCGCAUUAUGGUAUAACUAUUUCAUGCAAGAUAGCUAAGGACUGUUUCCAGGUUGGGGCUUUAAUAUUUUGUUUCUUCAGUCAUUAUUUUCAUUUUUGCUUUUUCACAUGACUGGUAUUUCAGAAUGCCAGAUUUGGUCAAUGUGCAUUUCAUCUUUGCUUAUCCAUGUGCUGCAGUGCAAAUGUACUGCUACCUCUGAACAAAUUAACAUCAUUAUUAGAGACCAAUUUUUUAAAGUAAUGUGAAUAUGGUGAAACAACUAAAUACCACCACCAGAACCUUAAUAUUGUAUGUAGUAUGUUGUUAACAUGACACAUUAAGCAUUGACUUAUGUUGUGGAGUUUGAGUUCAUAGUCAUGCACGUCUAAUUCAGUCAUACUUCAAGGCAAAUACUAUUAUGAAUGUUAUACGUCAGAUAUUUGAAAGGAAUUAUGUGGUGUAAUGUGCACCAUUUAAAUUAAGAAGUACGGAAUAUACUUUCCCUGAUCCCAGCACACCCAAAGAAAUGUGCCCAUAGCCUCUCAGUUAAUUCAUUAUCAAAUCUGCAUACCGUCUCACGUUGAAUAUGCACCAGCAAAGGUACGGUAAUAAUGUUUGAAGUUCAAAAGAAAGCUCACAAUAAUUUUAUUUUUAUGUUCUAUGACUGCUAAGAUUGUGUUGUAAAUGAAAGAAGUGCCCAAAAUUAUUCAUGGAUUUUUUUCAUUACACUAAAAACAGGGAAGAAAACACUGGUUUUACGUCGACUAGUUGAAAUUAAGUUGCCUCCUUUUGUGAAGUAAUAAAUGAAACUGAACCGAGAUCUUGCCAAAUAAAUGUAAAAAUUUGGGUGUUGUGCUGAAUCAGGAAAAUAACUGUGUAUUUUUGUUUCAAAUGAGCUUAACGGUGUUUUUUGUUUUGUUUUGUUUUUUUAAGUAGUUGGAACAAAUGGCUCUUUGCAUGUAUUACAUUAUUUUGAUUUUGAUUUAUUUUAAUCUUCAGGUUCAAAUAAAAAGUUAAAGACCAAUAUCGCAGAAAACAAUUCUGCCAGUUCCAUAUAAAAAAUUAUGUUGUUUGAUCUGUGCUUUGAGAAAGUGGAUGGAUCUGAACAUACAUUUUGAGGUCUGGACCUACUGAUGAAUAGUAGGUGUCAAUAGAUAUAAGCCCCUUGCCCCCCCAAGUAUAUUUGUGUGCUGAACGUAAGAUUUUGUAUGUUGUCUGUUUUCUUCCCUACUCACAACAGUGCAUUACAAAUUGCAACAUAUGUUGUUUAUUUAACUGUUUCUCAUAGGUGAACUGUGACCUUUUUUAUUCUGCACCAACAGCAUUCAUAUCAAAACUUUAAUUUUGGUAAUGUUGAUUACCUCCUCCCAUUGGAUGUUGUGAUAAGAGUUGUUUAUGGUAUGGUAAAAUUCUGGUACUUCCUCUUAGGUUAUUUGUUUGGCGUCUAGAGACUAAAAACAAGAAGAGGUAUGCUUGAUGUGCUGCAAACUUUGGAAAAAUGACACAAUCUACAUAUUGUCUUGUAAAAAAAUGUUAAUUGUAUUGGGGUUUUAAAUACUAUCACUUUUUUUUUACAACAUCUAUGUUACCGACCAUGUUCUGUUGUCAUCCUGUGUUCUAUCAAAUGGUUGUGAGUGUCU